AUGCAAGCUACAGCAGCAGAUCUAAGCAGGCUAAUAGAAGAAUGCAGGCCGUUAAAUGUGUGGUGGUUGGAGAUGGAGCAGUGGGAAAGACUUCUCUUCUAAUAUGCUACACCACAAAUGCUUUUCCUGGAGAGUACAUUCCAACGAUAUUUGAUAAUUACUCAGCUAAUAUAAUAGUGGAUGGAAUGAGCUAUAACCUUGGUCUAUGGGAUACUGCUGGUCAGGAAGAUUACGAUCGACUGAGGCCUUUAUCCUACCCUCAAACUGACGUCUUCUUGAUUUGUUUUUCACUAGUGAGUCCAGCAUCUUUUGAAAAUGUUAGAGCAAAGUGGCAUCCAGAGGUCACCCACCAUUGCCCCAGUAGCCCAAUUGUUCUAGUUGGGACUAAGCUUGACUUGAGAGAGGACAAAGAAGUUGUUGAGAGGCUCAAAGAAAAGAGAAUGGCUCCAAUAUCUACUGCCCAGGGACUGAAAAUGCAGAAGGAAAUUGAGGCACUAAAGUAUAUGGAGUGCUCAGCAUUGACAAUGAAAGGAUUAAAGGAACUCUUUGAUGAAACUGUUAGAGUAGUCGCUGCUCCAAACACCACCAAAAAGAAAAAGGGUGGCUGUACAUUGCUUUAAUGAUCAGUGAUUGAUAUAUAUAUUAUAGUAGAAUUAUGGUAUGUUUUAUUCUGUAAAAUUUAAACUAUAUUUGCUGAUAUUUUUUUGCA